CAGGACUCUGUGAGCAGAAUCAGAUUGAUGGUUUGAGUUGAAACAGCCAUGAUGGAUGGUUUCAAACUUGUCUUUUGUGUGGUGUUGUGUAACCACUUUUUACGCAAAGGGCAAACCUCUCCUGUGAGACAUAAAAAUUACAAGAAUAAUGUUGAGCAAGAACUUCUGGGGAGUCAAGGAAACCAAAUGCCCAUUUCUUACCAAGUGAGCAACCAAAAUCCAAGACCAGUGGUAGCAAAGUGCAACAUGGCUGUUCUGCUGUCUUUAAAGAAUGCAUCUGGGCUAGUUAUUCAAAAAGGUAUUGAUGCGUCCAUGUUGGCAGGCAGCUCUGGCCACCCAGAGCCUCAGCUUCAUCCAGAGGAGCCCAUCUCUGGUCCCCCAAAACCUCAGCCCCAGACGGAGAUGCCGACGUCUGGCAACCCCAAGCUGGAGGAGCCCAGCUCUAGCCACCCAAAACCUCAGUCCCAGCUGGAGGUGCCCAUCUCUGGCCAGCCUCAGCCCCAGCCGGAGGUGCCAACCUCUGGCCACCUUGAGCCUCAGCCCCAGCCGGAGGAGCCCACCUAUGGCCACCCCGAGCUUCAGCUCCAGCCAAUGGAGCCCACCUCUUACCACCCUGAGCCUCAGCCAGAGGAGCCCACCUCUGGCCAGCCUCGGCCCAAGCUGGAGGAGCCCAGCUCUGGCCACCCAGAACUUCAGCCCCAACCAGAGGAGCACAGCUCUGGCCACCCAGAACCUCAGCCCCAGCUGGAGGAGCCCACAUCUGGCCACCACGAGUCUCAGCCCCAGCCAGAGGAGCUCAGCUCUGGCCACCCCAAGCCCCAGCCGAAGGAGCCCACCUCUGCCCAUGCUGAGCCACAGCAAGAAGAGCCCACCUCUGGCCACCCAGUGCCCCAGCUGGAGGAGCCCACCUCUGGCCACCCUGAAUCUCAGCCCAAGCUGAGAUUCUCUGCCCACCCUGAGUCUCAGCCCCUGCCGGGGGAGCCCACCACUGACCACCCAGUGCCCCAGCCCCAGCUGGAGGAGCCCACCUCUGCCCACCCUGAAUCUCAGACUAAGCUGAAAUUCUCUUCCCACCCUGAGCCUCAGCCCCAGCUGGAGGAUUCGAACUCCGCCCACCCAGUGCCCCAGCCCCUACAGGGGGAGCCCAGCUCCAGCCACCCCAUGUCCCUGCCAGAGGAGCCCCAGCCCCUACCGGGGGAGCCCAGCUCCAGCCACCUUGUGCCUCUGCCGGAGGAGCCAAGCUCCGGCCAGGCCGAGCCCCAGCCCAGCUCCCAGCCCACCUCUGGCAACCCCAAGCACUUCUUGGAUCUCUUAAUCACUCUUGUAUCUCACUUCUUGCAUUCCUUAGUCACUAAAUCUGCCUUCCUUAGACCCAUGUGACUUUUACACAAUUGACCCAAAUAAAACCAUUUUUUUUCUGGA